AUGGCAUUGUAUGAUGCCGGCAGAUCCACUACAAGGAAUUCCGUCAGUUUUUCUAUCAUUCCGGCUUUGACUGCGAAACUGAUCGACCCCGAAGCGAUGGUGGGUUCUCCCGAAAGCCCUACCAGCGGGCUGGCGUCUUCUGUAAUUUCCGACGAAUCGAUUUGCAUUUUCGUGAGAGUUUCUUCGAAGAUGAUGUUAACCGAGCUUCCGGUGUCGAUCAGUACUCUCGCGAUGUCGAUGUCGUGGUUCUUCAGCUCAAUUACCAGGAGGUCGUCGCGAGUUUUUGCCUGUUCGGCCGCUGCUCCCUCCAUGAAUGAGAUCUUGUCUGAGAUUUCCAUCUUGCGUCUGAUUGUUGAGCGUGAGCUGGUCGUGAACAUUUCUGCACUUGAGAGGGAGCAGAGGUUGUUUGAGUAUGAACUUGAGGAGCAGAGGUUGAGGAGCAGAGGUUCAUCAAGCCUUGUUCCCAUUGUUGAAGACAUUUCUGCACUUGAGAGGGAGAUUCCUAUCCAUGGAAAUAGGGCUGGCAUUAGAGCACCAACUGUGGAGAAUAACAACUUUGAGAUCAAGUCAAGCUUGAUCAACAUGAUCCAGAGCAACAAGUACCAUGGGCUUGCUUUGGAAGGUCAUCUAGAUCACUUGGACAACUUUGAUCGGCUGUGUGGCACCAUUAAGAUCAAUGGUGUUUCUGAAGAUGCAUUGAAGCUGAGGUUGUUUCCAUUCUGUUUGGGAGAUAAAGCUCACACAUGGGAGAAGGGUCUUUCAAGAGAUAGCAUCCAGACAUGGGACGAGGGCACAGAAGCUUUCCUCACCAAGUUCUUCUCUAACUCAAGAACUGCUAAGCUUAGGAAUGAGAAUUCAGGAUUUCAACAAAGGAAUCUUGAAGGUUUUGGUGAAGCAUGGGAAAGAUUCAACAGCUACAUCACUCAGUGUCCACAUCAUGGCUUCAACCAGGAGAGUUUGCUUAGUACUUUCUACAGAGGAGCCUUGCCUAAGUAUAGAAGCCAACUAGACACUGCUAGCAAUGGUUUCUUCUUGGGCAGAACUGAAGUAGAAGCUUUGGAGCUUGAUGAGAAUAUGGCCAAGAGUGAUUCAGUCUACAAUGAGGACAAUGACAGAAGUAACAGAGGCAGUGGUGGAGAGGAUCAGAACACCAGGAAAGAGUUGAAGGCUCUACAAGAAAAAAUGGAUUUGCUUCUCUCUGAUAAAGCCAAGAAAGAAAAGGUGAACUUUGUUGGUGAGCAGAAACAAGGAGAGACAGCUAAGGUCAAUGAAGUUGAUGGCCUAGAAAGUCAAGAAGAGUUGUGCUUUGUGAAUGCUAAUGGGACUUGGUACAAGAAAGAGCCCAACUUUCAGUACAACAACUACCAACAAAGACCCUACUCAAACAACCAGCAAGGUGGCUAUCAGCAAAGCAAAACUACUCUCAAGCAACUCCUUGAGGCUCAAUCCAAAAGUGAGAAGAACAUGGGUUAUGAGCUGAGAAACAUCCACACAAAGAUUGAUGGAAGCUACAAUGAGCUCAACAAGUUCAAAGCUUUGGAGAACCAGUUUGCUUCAUUCAGCUCUCACUCAAGUCGUCAACAAGGCUCUCUUCCUGGAAAACCUGAGCAAAACCCCAAGGAAGCAAUGAAGGCAAUCACUUUGAGAAGUGGUAAGGAGUUGCCUCCAAAGAUACUAACCAAGGAUGGUGAGAAACAAGGUGGGGAGGUUGCCAUCAACAUUGAUGAUGAGGUGGUUAUUGUUGAUGAGAAGGUCGAUGAGGAAAUUGUGGAAAAGAUUGUUGAAGCUAAGGGUAAAAGAAAGGUUGGAGAGGAGAAGAGAACAGUGAAGCAAGGUGAAGCUACAUCAAAAGAUACUUCUUUUGUCCCUCCUCCCGAUGAACCUAAGCUACCCUUUCCUGGAAGAUUCAAGAAGCAACUAUUGGAGAAGUACAAAGCACUCUUUGAGAAGCAGAUGAGUCAAGUUCAGAUUACAAUGCCCAUCAUAGAUGCCUUCAUGCUUGUCCCUCAGUAUAGCAAGUUCUUGGAAGAUGCUGUGGCUUCUAAGAAGAAGGAAAUGGAGGGAAUGGUGAUUCUUACUCAUGAGUGCAGUGCCAUCAUCAAAAGGUUGACAAUCCCUAAGAAGUUAGAGGAUCCAGGAAGCUUCACUCUACCUUGUGCCAUUGGUUCUUUAAGGUUUGAAAGGUGCUUAUGUGAUUUGGGAGCUAGUGUUAGCCUCAUGCCUCUAUCUGUAGCCAAGAAGCUUGGAUUCAGCCAUUACAAGAAGUGCAAACUCUCUUUGAUUCUAGCUAAUUGCUCUGUGAAGUUUCCCAUUGGUAUCCUAGAGGAUUUCCCUGUGAUGGUGGGAAAUUAUGCAUCAUCCACUCAACUAGAGGACAGUCACCAAGAGGACUGGGAUGAACUCAAAGCGCCUAAGGUGGAACUUAAACCCCUUCCCCGUGGUGUAAGGUAUGCUUUUCUUGGCCCUAAUGAGACUUACCCUGUCAUUGUGAGUAGUGAGCUUUCUGAACUUCAAUUGUUUCAACUGUUGAGUGCACUUAAGAAGUUUAGGAAAGCAAUAGGGUAUUCUCUAGAUGAUAUCAAAGGGAUAUCACCUUCUUUGUGCAUGCAUAUGAUACAUCUAGAGGAUGAAUCAAUUACUUCUAUUGAGCAUCAAAGAAGAUUAAACCCUAAUUUGAAAGAAGUUGUAAAGAAGGAGAUUCUCAAACUCUUAGAUGCCGGUGUUAGUUACCCAAUCUCAGAUAGUAAAUGGGUAUCUCCUGUGCAUGUGGUUCCAAAGAGAGGUGGUAUCACUGUUGUGAAAAAUGAUAAGGAUGAGUUGAUCCCCACUAGAACUGUAACUGGACAUAGGAUGUGCAUUGAUUAUAGAAAGCUCAACUCUGCAUCUAGAAAAGAUCAUUUUCCAUUGCCAUUUAUUGAUCAGAUGCUUGAGAGACUUGCAAACCAUCCUUUCUAUUGCUUUCUUGACGGGUAUUCAGGGUUCUUCCAAAUACCCAUACAUCCCGAUGAUCAAGAGAAGACGACAUUCACAUGCCCCUAUGGUACCUUUGCCUAUCGAAGGAUGCCAUUUGGGUUAUGUAAUGCUCCUGCCACCUUUCAAAGGUGCAUGAUGUCUAUCUUCUCUGAUCUAAUUGAGGAUGUUGUGGAGGUAUUCAUGGAUGACUUCUCUGUCUACGGAUCUUCGUUUUCUGCUUGUUUGUCCAACUUGUGCAAGGUCCUACAGAGAUGUGAAGACACCAACCUUGUGCUGAACUGGGAGAAGUGUCACUUCAUGGUCAAAGAAGGGAUUGUACUUGGGCACAAGAUUUCAGAGAAGGGCAUUGAAGUGGACAAGGCUAAGAUUGAGGUGAUGGUUAGUAUACCUCCACCAAAGACUGUGAGAGACAUAAGGAGUUUCCUUGGCCAUGCUGGUUUCUAUAAGAGAUAUGUCAAGGACUUCUCAAAGGUUGCUAGACCAAUAACCAAGCUGCUAUGCAAAGAAGCCGCUUUCAGCUUUGAUUCAGAUUGUCUUGAAGCUUUCAAGGAGCUGAAGAAUAACUUGGUUAAUGCUCUUAUUGUUCAGCCACCUGAUUGGAGUCUCCCCUUUGAGAUUAUGUGUGAUGCAAGUGACUUUGCUGUUGGAGCUGUUUUGGGGCAGAAAAAGGAUGGCAAGACUCAUGUGAUCUACUAUGCUAGCCAGACUUUGAAUGAUGCUCAGGUGAAGUAUUCCACAACUGAGAACGAGAUGCUAGCCAUUGUAUUUGCAUUUGAGAAGUUCAGAAGCUACUUGGUUGGGUCAAAGGAUAUUUUCUACACUGAUCAUGCAGCUUUGAGGCACCUCUUGGCCAAGAAAGAUGCCAAGCCAAGACUUUUGAGGUGGAUCCUUUUGCUUCAAGAGUUUGACUUGGAGAUUAGAGACAAGCCAGGCAUUGAGAAUGGAGUGGCUGAUCACUUAUCUAGGCUGAGGAUUGAAGGUGAAACUCCAACUGAUGAAGGACUUCGUGAGGAACAUAUCAUGGACAUCCGGGCAGUGCCUUGGUAUGUAGAUUUUGUGAACUACCUUAUCACAGGAAAGGAGCCACUAAAACUUGAAGGGUAUGCCAAGAAGAAGUUCUACAAGAAAUUGAAGAGGUAUUAUUGGGAUGAGCCUUUUCUCUUCAUCCUUUGCAAAGACCAUCUCUACAGGAGAGCAGUGGCUGAAGAAGAAGAUACACAAGAUUUCAUCUCCAGGUGUGAUUCUUGCCAAUGGAGAGGGAACAUCACAAAGAGGAAUGAAAUGCCUCAAAACCCAAUUCUUGAAGUGGAGGUGUUUGAUGUUUGGGGAAUAGACUUCAUGGGACCUUUUCCCUCUUCUUAUGGCAACAAGUACAUACUAGUGGCUGUAGACUAUGUGUCUAAGUGGGUUGAAGCAGUUGCAAGUCCUACAAAUGACUCAAGAGUGGUGUUGAAGAUGUUUAAAAGCAUCAUUUUUUCCAGGUUUGGAGUCCCUAGAGUGGUGAUAAGUGAUGGAGGCUCACAUUUCAUCAACAAACUUUUUGAGAAUCUUCUCAAGAAGAAUGGAGUGAAACAUAAGGUUGCAACACCCUAUCACCCUCAAACGAGUGGUCAAGUUGAAAUCUCUAACAGAGAGAUCAAGGGAAUCUUGGAGAAGAUUGUGGGAGCCAAGAGAAAGGAUUGGUCAGACAAGCUUGAUGAUGCACUUUGGGCCUAUAGGACAGCAUACAAGACACCUUUGGGAACCACUCAUUUCAACCUCGUGUAUGGUAAAGCUUGUCAUCUACUAGUGGAACUUGAGUACAAGGCAUUGUGGGCUGUAAAGUUAUUGAACUUUGAUAUCAAGAAUGCCAAGGAAAAGAGACUUUUUCAGCUUCAUGAGCUUGAUGAGAUAAGGAUGGAUGCUUUCGAGAACUCAAGGAUCUACAAGGAGAGAACCAAAGCCUUUCAUGACAAGAACAUCUUGAAGAGGGAGUUAAGAGUUGACGGAUACUCGGGAUUUUUCCAAAUCCCUAUACAUCCUGAAGAUCAAGAAAAGACAACUUUUACUUGUCCUUACGGAACAUUUGCAUAUCGCAGAAUGCCAUUGGGACUCUGUAAGGCACCAGCCACUUUGCAACGUUGCAUGAUGUCAAUCUUCACCGACAUGAUCGAAGAUUUCAUGGAAGUCUUUAUGGACGAUUUUUCGGUAUACGGAUCAAGUUUUAAAGAUUGGCUGGACAACUUGUGUAAAGUAUUGGAAAGAUGCGAAGAAAAGAACCUUGUCCUAAAUUGGGAAAAAUUCCAUUUCAUGGUUAAUGAUGGAAUAGUUCUCGGACAUAAGGUUUCUGCCGCCGGAAUAGAAGUAGACAGAUGCAAAAUCGAAGUAAUGACUGGUCUACCGGCACCCACAAACGUUAAGGACAUAAGAAGUUUCCUUGGACAUGCCAGAUUUUACAGAAGAUUCAUAAAAGACUAUAGUAGAAUUGCUAGACCUCUAAAUAAUCUUUUAUGCAAGGAAGUUAAGUUUGAUUUUUCACCCGAAUGUAAGUCAGCUUUCGAAGAACUGAAAAAAUCUCUUAUAACUGCCCAAGUCAUACAAGCUCCGGAUUGGAGUCUACCUUUCGAGAUUAUGUCCGACGCGAGUGAUUUCGCAGUUGGAGCAGUUAUUGGACAACGAAAAGAUAAGAAGCUGCAUGCUAUCUACUAUGCAAAUGGAUACUCGGGAUUUUUCCAAAUUUCUAUACAUCCUGAAGAUCAAGAAAAGAAAACAUUUACUUGACCUUACGGAACAUUUGCAUAUUGCAGAAUGCCGUUUGGACUCUGUAAUGCUCAUGAAAAUUUCCAACGUUGUAUGAUGUCAAUCUUCACAGAAAUGAUCGAGGCUUUCAUGGAUAUAUUUAUGGACGAUUUUUCAGUAUAUGGAUCGAUUUUUAAAGAUUGUCUAGACAAUCUUUGUAAGGUACUGGAAAGAUGCGAGGAAAAGAACCUUGUCUUGAAUUGGAAAAAAUGUCAUUUCAUGGUUAAUGAUGGCAUAGUCCUUGGACAUAAGGUCUCCGCCGCUGGAAUAGAAGUGGAUCGAGGAAAAAUGGAAGUAAUGACCGGUUUAGCUGCACCCACGAACGUAAAAUACAUAAGGAGCUUUCUUGGACAUGCCAGAUUUUACAGAAUAUUUUUUAAAAUCGCUAGACCUCUAAAUAGUCUUUUGUGCAAGGAAGUUAAAUUCGACUUUUCACCCGAAUGCAAGACAGCCUUUGAAGAGCUGAAAAAAGUCUCUUAUAACUGCCCCAUUUGUACAAGCCCUGAUUGGAAUCUUCCUAUUGAGAUAAUGUGCGACGCGAGUUCUUUUGCCGUAGGAGCAGUUCUGGGACAAAGGAAGGACAAAAAGCUACAUGCUAUCUACUACGCAAGUCGUACACUUGACGAGGCACAACAGAAUUAUGCAACCACUGAAAAAGAACUACUUGCAGUAGUCUUUGCUUUCAAAAAAUUCCACCAAUAUUUGCUUGGGUCGCAUGUGAUAGUCCACAGUGAUCAUGCUGCUAUUAAAUACCUAAUGCAAAAUAAAGAUGCUAAACCGUGA